AUGGCUUCCGAAUCACCCAUUGUACAAGUGCCUGAACCGGAUAAUUAUGACCAGGAUGAUAUGAUCUAUCAGCAGCAUGAGGACGACGGCUUUGACUCUCCUCAGGAUGCUAUUCCUCGGAAGCUCAAACUUGAUUUGCGGGGCACUCGUGUAGAGUUGGAUCGAGAUGUGUUGGUCAAUUUGCCAGAGAGUCUGUUGAUAGCCAUGUUUCCCAAUGGGCUUGUGCUGGGCCGUCAAGAUGAUGUGUUUGUCGACGACGACGAAGAUGAUUAUGAAAACCACUCGCGGGACUCGGUGGGCGGCAUGGAUGAACAAGUGAACUACGUCGAUUUUGACCCUGCCUGUUUGGACUAUGUGCUUCGUUUUUAUCAGUACGCCCAAGAAGUAUACCAAAAGAGCGACAGCAACGAUCAUCAGCGAUUGCUAGCUCAGUCCGCGGCGACAUCUCCCAUGUAUUACCCUUUACUGACGAAGCAGCCCAUCAUCGUGCUACGAGAAGAACUCGAGUACUAUUGCUUGACAUCGAAAGACAGUGACAAAAAGAGCUUGGCCGACAUGCAAGCGUUGAAGCUUGCCGGUGGAAAAUACCUGAAACAGCACGAUCAGAUUUUUGAUGCGUUGCAAAAGAACAUUUCGAGAGAAAACAACGUUGCCGAGCAACACUUGAUUGAUAUGUUGUGCGAUGCUGGAUUUAUGCGAGACGAUCGCUGGGGUUACCGUGAACUGGAACCGAUGCGGACCUGUAUUGUGAGCAUGGCUUUGGUCUUACUAAAGACCACUGGCCCGGAUAACCACAUGGCCACUGCACAGAAACUGUUACUGUUCUGGAGAAAACCGGCCAGAAAAUGCUGGUGGGAUGGCAACACGGUGGAAGUGGAAGGCGAAUCCAUUCGAUUAUGGGCAAGGCGUACAUGGACUUUGGAAUUAGCUCUCGUAUAA